CUAUUGGUUUUUCCAUUCACAUAGUACAUGUAUAUCACUUGUGAUUUUAAUUCUGGCCGCCGCAUUGUUUUCGAUCUUAUUGUCCAUCCACGAGUAAAGUGAUAAAUUUGUAAUUAUUUUUAUAAAAAAAAAUUAGUGUAAUUAUUUGCGGCAAGUUCCAUUCCAGAUGAAUCAUUCAGAUGCAAGAGCACGGGGGCAGGAAGAAGAAGAGGUUAAAAGGUUCCUAAAAUUGGCGGCAGGGCUUGGCGUUUCAGAUUCUGAAAAUCCCGAGUCAUCUUGUUCCAGUCUGGGCCAUUCUCUCGCCGUCUCUUACUUCCCUGACUCUGGCGGAAGAGGUCUGGCUGCUCUGCGUCCUAUUUCUAAGGGAGAAUUGCUUCUUAGAGUUCCAAAAUCUGCCCUAAUCACCACUCACUCUCUUUCCAAAGAUGAAACAUUGUCUCUUGCACUCAAAGCCCAUCCUUCUCUUUCCCCUGCCCAGUUAUUUACUGUCUGUUUGUUAUAUGAAAUGAGUAAAGGAAAGGCUUCACCCUGGCAUCCUUACUUGCUGCUCUUGCCUCGAAGUUAUACUACACUCGCCGCUUUCGGUGAAUUUGAGACGCAAGCCUUGCAAGUGGAUUACGCUGUCUGGGCUGCACAUAAAGCUGUCUCUAAAGCUGAAUAUGAGUGGAAACAAGCCUCUACUCUGAUGAAGGAACUAAAGCUUAAGCAUCCACUUCUCACUUUCAGGGGUUGGAUUUGGGCUACUGGAACUAUCUCCUCUAGGACAUUACAUAUACCUUGGGACGAAGCUGGCUGCUUAUGUCCUGUGGGAGACUUAUUUAAUUAUGCCGCACCUGGUGAAGAUGUGAAUGGUUAUGAAAAUGUAGAUAAUUUGCAAAAUGACUAUGCCAAAGAUGACUUAGAUACAAAUCAUUUUCAGAGAUUAACUGAUGCUGCAUAUGAGGCAGAUGCAGCUGCUUAUUGCUUCUAUGCUAAACAAAACUAUAAAAUGGGGGAGCAGGUUCUCUUGAGUUAUGGAACAUAUACAAAUUUGGAGCUUCUUGAACACUAUGGGUUUCUCUUAGAGGAUAAUCCAAAUGAGAAAGUUUUUAUUCCAUUGGAGCUUGACAUACAUUGCUUUAGUUCUUGGCCAAAAGAUUCACUGUACAUCCAUCAAAAUGGGAGACCAUCUUUUGCUUUGACGUCUGCUCUGCGUUUGUGGGCAACUCCACCAUAUCAGCGGAAGUCCAUAGGACACCUAGCUUAUUCAGGAUCUCAGCUCUCACAGGGCAAUGAAAUAUCUGUCAUGAAAUGGAUAGCUAAGAAAUGCCAUGCUAUAUUGAAAGAUAUGCCAACAUCAAUUGAAGAAGACAAGUCGUUGCUCUCUUUCAUUGAGAAAAUGGAGGACUUUGAUAACCUGUGGGAGUGGGGAAAGGCUGCUUCUGCAUUUGGAGGGGAGUUUUGCAAGUUUUUGAAAGCAUCAGGUCUGAAAAGUGAUGAUGAGUUAAUACCGUCUGGGAGGACUAAAAUGUUGAUAGAUAGGUGGAAAUUAGCAGUCCAAUGGAGGCGUAUUUAUAAGAAAGUUCUUGUUGAUUGUAUUUCACAUUGUACUGACAUCAUCAAUUCUCUAUCUGGUUAGAAUGGAUCUCAGCCAAAAUCUUUCAUAUCAACAUGAAUAUUUCAUUUAUUCCUCCCCAUACACAGGACACAGUAGUCUCCAAAUCCUCCAUUCUAAUUACUGAAUAGGUUUUUAUUGGAAGGGGCAGGAGGGGGUGACCGACCAAAGAUCUUCUAAAACUUGGACCAGGCCCAAACGAAGUUGGUCUUAUGUUGGCCCUACGAAUGGAGGGAUUGAUCCACAGUAAAAAAUUUUGAACUGACCUUGACUGGAGAGCUGGCCUUGUGGUCUUCAUUCUAGCACAAGGAUCACCCACCUGAUUCAUGCUCGCUCUUAGGUAUGGAUUGUUGAACUUUGGAUGUAAAUCCUUACCUCUAAGCAAGUACAGAAAACCACAAAGAAUGUACUAAUCCAAAAAAAAAAAAAA